AUGUAUCAAGAAAUAGAAGGCCAGAAGCCUGUGAUAAUCGCGAGAAAUCACAAUGCUCGAACCCGAAUGAUAUAUUAUAGGUGGAUGACUCCACCCAACUGGAAUCCGGCUUGAAAUCUUCAGCAAGCUCAGCUUUCCGGUCUUUAUUUUGGCAUCACUAAAGCUCUAUGGAACCAGAUUUAUAACCCUGCAAGUGAUCUGCUCCACUAUUAUCAAGCCCCAGACAGCCUACAUUCACUAAGAAUUUUCGUCAGACAAAUGAUGAAAAUGGAAAAUUUCCGCCACGAAGUCAUAUCAGGAAUUAUGUUUAAUAGUGCCUAUGGACUUGCAUUCCAAACAUCCAGGUUUUACCUUUGGAAAGAUUACGCAGGCGGGUACCCGCAUGAAUUCCACACUGUAAAUGUAGAUUGAGGCAAAAGUUUAAUCACUGCUGGAGCUAUUGGUCUCGUUACAUGCUGAAUUCCUGUUCCUUUCCACAAUGUUUCAAUAAGAUUUGAACAAGAUAAAAUUCUUCCAAAAGAGUAUGCGAGGGGGUAUAGAAAUCACCUGCAUGCUGCUAUAACAAUUUUAAAAAAAGAUGGGAUGUAUCCAUUUGUAAGGAGCGCAGGGCCUAUUAUGGGGGAAGCCUUUGGUGAAACUUUGGGCUUGUUUUUUUGGACUGAUUUCUGGAAAGAGAAAUCAAGGCACAUGAAGCAUUGGGGGACUGAUCAGCCUGGAACUCCAGAAUGCUGGCUAAGAGCUGCCUAUGUGAGUCUUGGGGUAUAUUCUGGGUUGUUCAUGGGCUACCCAUUCAGACUUCUAAGGCAUUUUGUUGAAGAGCUACCGAAGAAUUCAAAGGGAGAGCUUUUCUUCACUAAUUAUGCAGAAGCGUUUUGGAAAGCAUUGAGCGACCAAUUUUAUAUUGCACAGAUGUGGAAUGGGUUCCAUGCAUAUUUAUUUAAGGCAGGAGUGCCUUUGUUCUUGACUACAUGGUUUGCGGACUCAAUUGGAAUAUUUGACCAGGCAGUGUUUCCAGCAAUUUACGUUUCUGCACCACCAGAAGAUUAA